AAGGUGGAGCUCAAAGUUGACGUAAACACAACCCUAGUUAGUCAAUGUAAAUCCACAUCUGAAAGAAUGUUACGGUAGCACGGUUACGUGCAUUUUUUUAAAUUCACAAAAUGCGAUGUUAUCUUCAUGCACUUCUACUGUGCAUGGUCUUUGCUGUCUUUUCGGUGCUGUAUGUUUUUAAUCAACUACCGGUAGCCUCGUCUUUUGAGUCGCAAUAUGAAGACGGAUGGACCGACAGAAGAACAAAAAAAUCCAGUGGCAGGCAACCCCAAUUUGGGGCCCAAGGCACUGGGCACAUAGUCAGGAAUGGUGGAGGAGUGCCAAGCCUUUUUGCCCACCAAGAACAUGACAGGACCAGAACUACAAAUGCCUGUCUCAAGCUUCACAUCACUCACCAGGGCUAUGAUGAUCUGGACGAGACUGACAAAUCGAGGCAAAGGGAGAAGCCAGCCUCCGCCAGCGUCCAGGAGGCCACUAGAGAUGAGCGGCUCCAUCUGGCUGUAGUGGCCUGUGGUCCCAGACUAGAGGAGACUCUCACCAUGUUAAAGUCUGCGCUCCUCUUCAGCGCCAAACCGCUACACUUUCACAUUUUCGCAGAGGACCAUCUGCAUGGCAGCUUUGGAGAGUCUCUGGACUUGUGGCCCAGUGUCUUCCAGACCAGGUUUAACUACACCACGUACCCCAUCACCUUCCCCAGUGAGAACGCCAAGGAGUGGAAGAAACUCUUCAAACCCUGUGCUUCUCAAAGGCUCUUCCUUCCGUUGAUCCUAAAAGACGUAGACUCUCUGCUGUACGUGGACACCGAUAUCUUGUUCCUUCAGCCUGUAGAGGAGAUCUGGUCCCUGCUCUCCCUCUUCAACUCCACCCACCUGGCAGCCAUGGCCCCUGAGCAUGAGGAGCCACGCAUUGCCUGGUACAACCGCUUCGCACGUCACCCUUACUAUGGAAAGACCGGGGUCAACUCUGGCGUCAUGCUCAUGAACAUGACCCGGAUAAGAGAGAAAUACUUCAAGAAUGACAUGACGUCAGUCCCCCUCAAAUGGGUGGAGCUGCUGAUGCCACUUCUCCAGAAAUAUAAACUCAACAUCACCUGGGGAGACCAGGACCUGCUCAACAUCAUAUUCCAUCAUAACCCAGAGAGCCUGUAUGUGUUCCCGUGCCAAUGGAACUACCGUCCAGACCACUGUAUCUACGGCAGCAACUGUCUCGAGGCCGAACAAGAGGGCGUCUUCAUUCUCCACGGAAAUCGAGGUGUUUACCAUGACGACAAGCAGCCAGCGUUCCGGGCCGUCUAUGAAGCCAUCCAGAAGUACACAUUUGGGGACAACCUAGUCCAGUCCCUACUCCUCCCCCUGGAGGCAAAGCUUCAGGAGACCAAACACACCUACUGUGGAAGAGCCAGCCACAUGUUUACCAAGAGGUUAAAACGGAGCAUCAGCAUACUUCAACAGGAAACCAUAGAGGGAAGGUGACGCCUACCACUCUCCUAUUACCAUCGAUGGCUGACUGACACUCUGUGGCACACCUCGAAACUAUGCCCCUAGGAGUACAGGGAAGAGCAUGCAUUACUGGCAUGUGUAUAUGAUCCCGGGCGGGAUUUAGCCCACGCUCUUUCCUUUCCGUCCAUGCCCAAAGUUAGAUGAAUCCGUCUUCUGUUUACAAACGGGCAACAGCUACCGGCGCGUCGACACUGCUCCAAAGACAAUUUCGAGGGGAAGAUGAUCAGUGUAACACCGUGUCUGUUUUCCUGUGGAGCCAUUGUUCCUCAAAAAACGUUGUCCUGUGAACGUGAUAAUCAUCAGGUUAGGGAACUGCAGUCAAAACGUGUGGGAAAGCGCUGAAAUUAAAUCUCUUUGACCUCUACAGAAUUGGACAUUUCUAUCAUCUGACUGCAAAAAUGGUACACUUCACAAUUGGGUUGCUGUAUGUUUUUCACCUGUGGUGAGAAUGUCAGUCUGACGAUCACAUUGCAAUCCUCAGAAGUAUUCAAGGAAGAGAACCCAUCACGGUUCUUUAUAUGCCCCGCAUGAGCCAAAAGUAUAUAUUUUAUUUAAAGUAAUAUGUUAAUAUUAUAUCAAUUAGAUUUAAAUGUUAGAAUUAGAUUGAAAUAUACACCUGCAGUGUCAUGAAGAAUGACAACACACCGGUUAAAGUUUGUCAUAACUAUUCCAUGAAUGCAGUUUCGUUGGUACAAAACUUGAUUGUAAAACAAAUGCUAAAGAGAAGUAUUUUGAGGUUAGAAUCUGAGGAUAUCAAUAUUGGUGUUAUACGGUGCAAUUCGGAAAGUAUUCAGACACCUUGACUUUUUUCAAAUUUUGUUACGUUACAGCCUUAUUCUAAAAUGGAUUCAAUUGUUUUUUUCCUCCCUCAUCAAUCUACACACAAUACCCCAUAAUGAGAGAGCAGGUUUUUAAAUUUUGGGGGGGCAAAUUUAUAAAAAAGAAUCUAACUGAAAUCACAUUUACAUAAGUAUUCAAGCCCUUUAUUCAGUAGUUUCUUGAAACACCUUUGGCAGCGAUUACAGCCUUGACUUCUUGGGUAU